CCCGCCCCGCGCCAGCCCUCCCGGAAGCACCGGCGGAGCAAGUGCAUGGCGCUGGAGUCGUACGCCACGGAGGCUGUCUCCGCGGCCUCCGCGCUCUUCGCCUGGGGUGCAAAUAGCUAUGGGCAACUUGGCUUUGGCCAUAAGGAAGAUGUGUUUCUGCCCCAGCGACUGAGUGACUUCUGUAAACCUGGGUGUAUCAAGAGUGUCACAGGAGGAGGGGGCCAUUCUGCAGCGGUCACAGACGGAGGAGGCCUCUUUGUCUGUGGCCUGAAUAAGGAUGGGCAGCUGGGGCUUGGUCACACAGAGGAAGUCCUGUGCUUCACCCUCUGCAAGCCUCUCCGUGGUUGUCCCAUCCGACAGGUGGCCUGCGGCUGGGAUUUCACCAUCAUGCUCACAGAAAAAGGCCAAGUUCUGUCCUGCGGAUCCAAUGCCUUCGGCCAGUUAGGCGUGCCGCAUGGCCCUCGUAAGUGCUUGGUUCCCCAGGCCGUGGAGUGCCUGAGAGAGGAGGUUGUUUGCGUCGCUGCUGGACUGAGGCAUGCAUUAGCCACUACAGCGAGUGGCGGUGUGUUCCAGUGGGGCACUGGCUUGGCAUCUUCUGCACGGCGCUUGUGUCCUGGGCAGACUCUCCCAUUGUUUUUGACGGCAAAGGAACCUAGCAAAGUGACAGGCCUAGAGGAUUCUACAGCAGUGUGUGCCGUUGCCGGUUCUGACCACUCAGCCUCAUUAACAGACACAGGAGAGCUGUAUGUGUGGGGCCGUAACAAGCACGGGCAGCUGGCUUCCCUGGCUGCAUUUCUCCUUCUGCCCCGGAGAAUAGAAGCACGUUGCUUUCAGGACGAAAAGGUCACUGCUGUCUGGAGUGGCUGGACACACCUGGUUGCUCAGACAGAAACUGGCAAGGUGUUCACCUGGGGGCGAGCAGACUACGGUCAGCUGGGAAGGAGGUUGGAGCCUCCUGAAGGUCAGAAACGCAGAGAACAAGAUUCAUCGCUCACCUUCUGGCGGCCACAGAGCAGCGUGCCUGCGCCUCUGCAUUGCCUUACGGGGGCAACGGAGAUUUCCUGUGGCUCGGAACACAAUUUGGCAGUAAUUAGUGGCAAGUGCUGUUCCUGGGGCUGGAACGAACAUGGCAUGUGUGGGGAUGGCACCGAGUCCAAUGUCUGGACUCCAACUCCCGUGCAGGCUCUGCAGUCGCCAUCAACCCUCCUCCUCGUGGGCUGUGGGGCUGGCCACUCCUUGGCUUUAUGUCAGCUGCUCGCACAGCCUGUGCCAUGCCAGGAUCUCAAGGUAACCUGCCCGCUCCCAGAUGCCACAGAUGCCACAGAAAACACUGAAUCUCAGGAUGCCGUGGAUGAGGAGAGACUGGAAGGAGAGACAGUCGGGAACUUCAACCCAACGCAGCUCUGACAGAACGAGAAAUAG